AAAUUCUUAUUUGACAGAUUUUUCCUUGGUAAUAAAUACAGAAAAGAAACUUGUAAAAACUAAGAAAAAAAAUCACGAGGAUUGCAACAAUAAGAAACAGAUCAAAUGUGUAUAAAACAAUCUGUAUUUUCGUUGUUUUAUGUUGUGUGAGCAUAAAAUUACACCGUUUUACUGAAUUCAAAUCAGCUAAUGAUACCAUUCUUUUACCAAUAGAUGACAUGAUUUUCACACAUUUUACAGUUUUUGAACUUUUCCACCAUUUUUGUCUGUUUUUGGCACCCUUUGCUGCCAGAUUUUCACAAUUUUAUAUGGAAUUUCUUUUUUUUUCCUUUGAGUGCACAGUUAAACAUCCUUACAGUUUGACUGAACAUUAGAAAAGACAAAUGACAGAUAUUUAUUUCAGACAAGUUAUUGUCAAAGCCUAAGAAAAUUAGUUUUCUAUGUUUAAUUUUUAGCUCCUUUAUGAUAUUCUCGUGAUGUGUAUCCUUUUCCUCUCAGAUUCAACACCACAGACGCACAUAUUGAUCGUUCUUUCCUGAAGCCUGUUGUGCGCAUGGAGCUCCUGCAGCAGAUCUCUGGCUCUAUGAAGGACGCAGCUCUGAAGUUGGACACUCAUAUUUCACCGGAUGUUUCUCUUUCUUUCUGAAACUCCCAAAGGACCUGCCAGCGACUCUCGGAGUUUAAACAUUCAUUUUAAAAAUAUCUCUUGAGAGAUCGCCCGUCUUGGCUGCGGGGAGAGAUGGAGCAUCUGUGCCCAAACGCGUCGCGCAGCGUCACCACUCCUCUCCCCGGCUCGGAGCGCACGAUGCGGUUCACCGGCGUGGCCAUCGCCUCCGUUUACGGUGUGAUCAGCGUGUUGGGGCUCGUGGGCAACAUCACGUUAAUCAAGACGUUUUGCUCCUCCAAGUCCAUCCGCAAUGUGCCCAAUCUCUUCAUGACCAGCCUGGCGCUCGGGGACGUCCUGCUGCUGCUGACCUGCGCUCCGGUGGACGCCAGCCGCUACCUGUCAGAGGAGUGGCUAUUCGGCCGGCUGGGCUGUAAAGUCAUCCCCUUCAUCCAGCUCACCUCUGUUGGGGUGUCCGUGUUCACGCUCACUGCCCUCUCUGCUGACAGGUACAGAGCCAUCGUGAAACCCCUGGACAUCCAAACAUCCACCACCACUGCCAGCAUCAUCCUGAAGGCAGCACUCAUCUGGAUCUUCUCCCUGAUCCUGGCCAUCCCCGAGGCCGUGUUCUCUGACCUGCACACCUUCAACAUCACCUCCACCAACGAGAGUUUCAUCACAUGCGCUCCUUACCCUCUGGCUGGGGAACUGCACCCUCAGAUCCACUCCAUGGUCUCCUUCCUCGUCUUCUACGUCAUCCCCCUGCUCAUCAUAUCGGUGUACUACGGCUUCAUCGCCCGGAGCCUGAUGAGCAGCGCCUCCAACCUGCCAGUGGAGGGAAACCUGCAUGCAAGAAGACAGGUGGAAUCAAGAAAGCGUUUGGCCAAAACAGUGCUGGUGUUCGUUGUUCUCUUUGCAGUGUGCUGGCUACCGAGUCACAUCAUCUACUUAUACCGCUCCUACCACUACUCCCAGGUGGACACCUCGCUGGCUCAUUUGGUGUGCAGCAUCUUAGCUCGUAUCUUGGCCUUCACCAACUCCUGCCUCAACCCGUUCGCGCUUUACCUGCUGAGCAAGACCUUCAAGAAGCAGUUUAAUCAACAGCUGUGUUGCUGCCGCCGUUUGCUCUCCAAACACUCCUCACAGAGCCCGAUACAUUUCACCACACGCGUGACUUCAGUCCGCAGCACGCAUCACUCUGUGGCCAGUCUGACCGUGAUAAACGGCAGGCAGCUCAGUCAGAAGGACUGUGUGUGAAAGAGAGGAAAGUUACACAGCGUUUCUCUAUGUGAACCGAUAAGACAAUAGCACUUCUAGAAAAUUCAUUAUUGACCAUUUAAUCUAUUGAUCCUGUGCUGUGGUUUGAGUUUUAAAUACUGAGUCUCAGUUUUUAGUUGUAAAGUAGUAGUGUUUGUAAAAUAUCAGCUUUUUAAAAUUCAGAAUAAACAGAGUUCUCUUCGUAGUAUGUCUGCUGUCAAGUGAGUGGCCUUGUGUAGCUUUAAAUUAAUGGAUUUAACAUGUAUACGAGUCAUUCCAACUCAAAUUAGCAAAUUUUCAGAACAGUUCCUGCUCAGCUGUCUCCAAUUUGCCAGAAUUUUUUUCAGCAUAAAUUAUGGAUACUUAAAACAUUAUUUGUAGUUUUUUUUUUUUUUACAUGCAACUACACACAUUUCAGAAAAGAUCACUAGUUGCCUUCUGCAUAGUAUUUUUUUGUAUUUGUUAAUGUGUGUUUUAUGAUCAACUUACUCAUAAUUACUGACUAUUUGAUCCACAGUUGAAACCAGAAGUUUACAUUUUUUUCCUCACUGACAUAAAUCAGACUAAACUUUUCCUGUUUUUGGUCAGUUAGGAUUACCAAAAUUAUUUUUAUUUGCCGGAAUAAUGACAGAGAGAAUUUUUAGAGGAUUAUGUAUUGCUUUCUUCAAAGUCAGAAAUUUACAUACAUUUCCUUAGAAUUUGGUAGUGUUGCAUUUAAACUUUAUGACUUGGGUCAAAUGUUUUGGGUAUCCUUCCACAAGCUUCUGACAACAGUUUGCUGGGAUUUUGGCUCAUUUCACCUGAAUUUUCUACGGGAAUGAGAUCAGGGCUUUGCGAUGGCCUCUCCAAAACAUUGACUUUGCUGUCCGUAACCCAGUUUGUCACUUAUUCAGCAGUAUGCUUCGGGUCAUUGUCCAUUUAGAAGACCCAUUUGUGCCCAAGCUUUGACUUCCUGGUUGAUGUCUUGAGAUGUUGCUUCAGUAUUCCCACAUAAUGUUCUUUCCUCAUAAUGCCAGCUAUUUUGUGAAGUGCACCAGUCAAAACACCCCCACAACAUGAUGCUGCCACCGCCGUGCUUCACAGUUAGGAUGGUGUACUCAGGCUACCGAUUGUCACUAUGGCCAAACAGUUCAAUUCUAGUUUCAGAAUCACAGGACAUGUCUCCAGAAAUGAAGGUCUUUUUCCUUGUGUGCAUUUUGCAAACUGCAGUCUGGCUUUUUAAUGUUACUUUAGGGGUAAUGGCUUCAUCUUUGCCAAGUAGCCUUUUAGCCCAUGUUGGUCCAGGACUUCUUUCCCUGUGGAUAAUGACAGUCUCUUGCCAGCUUCAAGGUCUUUUGCUUUUGUUCUGGGGGUUGAUAAGCACAUUUCACACCAAAACACGUUCAUCUCUGAGACACAGAACCCACCUCCUUCCUGACUAGUGUGAUGGCUGGACAUUCCCAUGGUGUUAAUACUUACAGUAUAACUGUUUGAACAGAUGAACGUGGAACCUUCAGGCUUCUGGAAAGUACCUAAGGAUAAAUCAGACUUGUGGAAGUCCACAACUGUCUUCCUGAUAUCUUUUCUGAUUUCUUUAGACAUUCCCAUGAUCUCACACAAAGAAGCAGUGUGUUAGAGCAUGUCUUAAAAUGCAUCCACAGAUGUGCUUUCAUUUAAGUCAAAUGUCAUCAGUUAACCAAUCAAAAGCUGUCACAGCCAUGACAUCAUCAUCUGGGCCUUCCCAAACAGUUUGAAACCGUAGUAAUCUUAGUGUAUGUAAGCUUCUGACUUUGAAGAAAGUCUCAUUAUUCUAGCAUCCAGCAAAUACAAACUAUUUUGGUAAUCCUAGCUGAUCUAAAACAGGAAAAAUGUAGUCUGAUUUAAUGCCAGACAAUGAGGGGGAAAAAAGGAUUGUGUGUCUUUUUAUACAGUGUGUAUAAACUUAGAAUAUUUCAGAUUCUGAAUCAAUUUUCGUGACAAAAAAUGUGAAAAUGUGAGGCUUUCCUUAAAAAUACAGCAACAAUGUAAGAGGGCGGAUGAGUAACUUCUUUAAAAAAAAAAAAAAGUAUCUCGGUAAAAUAUUUAAUUUUAUAGAUGCCAUUUUAAAGAUCAUAGUCUAUGAUUGAGAAAAAAAGUCAAGCAAGUUAAAGACAAUCGAGCAGAAGGCUCCUGAUCACCUGAGAUGAAAUAACUCUUAGCUGAACACUCCUCAGUCACAAACUGUAACAUCCUUUCUGAUUUCAGGUGUCAGAUCAAAUAUGUCUUCUGCUACAAUUUUACAAAAAGAUAACUCUGAUAAAUGUGCUAUAAAAUGUGGUGUUUUCAUGUCAGUGGAUAAUCUGAUGAAUACUGAUGUGUAAUGUUCUGUCUGUCGCUUACGUUUAUAAUAUUUCUAAAAAUCGUGAAAACUGUGAAACUUAACCUUCAGAGCAUCUAUUUUAAGUGUUAUUUGUUACAGAAUGCUUAUUAUGUUGUGUAUUACUUGUACAAGCUGUAAAAAGUAAAUAGUGACUGUAAAUGUGUUUCAAAUCGCAUUCGUAUUUUGGUAAUAAACUGUAAUGUGUGCAUAUUUUUGCAAUUUACAUACAUUUUUGAAGGGAAAUUAAAUGGACACAAUUCAAACUGUAGCUUUAACGCUUUGAACUGUGCGGAGAAAAAAUAUUCAAACAUAACUCAAUAAAAAAUACAGUGUGUACUGAA